AUGGUAAUUCCAUCCUGCAACAAGCAUCCUAGCUACAAACUUGAUACAUUCUGUCGACAAUGUAGUGUCCCACUUUGUCUCAAAUGUUGGACAACAUCUAAAGUCCAUCUUAAACACACAUUUGGUUACAUGAAGGAAUUCAUAGAUAUAAGAAAAAAAGAAAUUUUAGCCGAGUCGGACAUCUUAGAAUCAGAUAUAAUACCAGCACUGCUAAACAAAAGCACCUCUUUGGAAAAAGAAUUAACAGAUGCAAAAAGUGAAUUUGAUGAUGCACUAAGGAAGGCAGAGGAAACAAAAUGCAAUAUCUUUGAUGACGUAAAUACAGUUUUUACUACUUUUCAGAAACGAAUGAAUAAUGAGAAAGAAAAUGUGCUGUCAAAAUUUCGAAACCAGACUAUCGAGGUGAAAGACGCUCAUUCUAAAGCAUUGCAGGUGCUUCACAGGAACCGUUUAAUGCUUCAAUUGAAAAAUGAAAAUGAAAUUUUAAGGAUUAUACAUUGCAAUAAGGAAAAUGCAUACUUCACAAGUCCUUCUUUUCCCUGUGACGUUCAAAAUGAUCUGGGUUCUCCUAUAUUUGUCCAAGGUAAAGCUUUCAAUCUGGUACAAGAGGUCCAAGCUGGUGGGUUCGGAAACCUGGUGGUUGACCUCUACUAUAAUUUUGCAGAAGGCACGGUCUCCCGUGGGGGACCGGGGUUGCUGAACAAAGCUUUCGUGAUAAAAACAAUUCAGACAAAAAGGGACAUUUUGCGCUUUGCAUAUCGGGAAUCUGGUUUAUAG